AAAAGAAAAAUCCAAGAUCCACGUUCCACAGUUCCUCCUGUGCGAAGAGAAGUGAACGUCUCUGAAACACUCUGCCAAUUGCAAACGUAAUGUGAGCUUCAUCUCUCUUUCCCGAUCUCCGGCACUGAUCCGAAUUGCGGAAUUGGCAAUCUUCGAGGCAAAUUUAUUACAGAAAUCGGAAGCAGCGGAAAUGGAAGGGAUCAAAGCGGAAGAUCUGUCGACAAUAGGAGGAAUCGCCACCGUGUCGCUGCUUCACUCCUUCAUACCUACGCAUUGGCUUCCCUUCUCCAUCGUCGGCCGCGCUCAGAAAUGGACUCUCUCUCGCACGCUUCUCGUCACUGCAUUUGGAGCAGUUCUGCAUGUGUUAUCCACUUCGCUUCUCGGUAUAACAGCAGUUACCAUAACAAACACUAUUGCUGGCGAGGAAACUGUGCAUAAACUAGCUUCAUUGAUGCUUGUAAUUCUUGGUGGCAGUUAUAUUUUAUUAUUCCUGUCUGGAAAGGGUGGUGGUCACAGCCAUUCCCACAAUCAACCGAUGGAAAAAAUGGCUGUGGCUGGGCUUGUCCUAGUUCCUGCGUUAUCUCCUUGUGCCACCACUCUUCCAGUAUUUCUUGCUGUUGGGAACUCAUCAUCCAUGAUGGUGCUUGCUAUCAUAGUGCUGCUAUUCAGCACCAUAACUGUAAUGACCUCGCUGGUGGCACUCUCAUUCUAUGGAGCAAGCCAACUGAAGUUUCACUGGGUGGAGCGCUAUGACAAGCUGCUUGUAGGUUCGGUGCUGUGUUUAGUUGGAAUAUUGACCCUUGUUUUUCACGAUCAUGACCAUGAUGGACACGUAAGUUCCACCGGUGGAGAUGUGCAUAGGAAACUAAUUACUCUAUGAGGGAUGCUUUUAAUCCUGUGAAGUUUGUCCUCACAUAGCCUUGUUACUACAGUAAGUCAUACCUGUUUUCAGUAUAACAAGAAGCAGAUAUGAUCAACUUGCUAUUUUGCCAUUGUUGAAGGAGAAUGUGUUGUAUGGGCAGGCA